AUGUCAGGGUCCUCCAGUGCUGCGGCCGCACAAGGGGGAGGGGGGGUGGCCCAAGGACCAGACCUCGAGCUGUCGCGGCAAAGCACCAGCCAAGAACUGCCCGCCUCCCUGCUUCUCUUGUCGGGGUCUCGGGCGGUAUGGACACUGAUGCUUCGGGCUCGAGCAUCCGCAGGUCCCCCGCAGCGGUUCCUGACGGGUAGCGCGGGAUUUUGCCACGAUGAGCCUACUUGUACGUGCUGGGGGCACUGGAUGCACUGGGUUGCCGCCCCAAUAGUACCUAUGGGUAAUGGCUUGCUCGUCUUCCACGGUGGCCUGGCCCGCGAUGGCAAUCGAGCCUUUACAGCGAAACCCGGCGACUGUUGGUUGGCCACCUCAUUUCGUCUGCUCAUUGCUAUCUGCUACGAGGUCCUAUUGGGCUCCAGCAAGGCCAAGGCCCGCUGGGUAGACUUUGCGGCAUACCCGGUUGCGCACCUGGGCAUGUGCAUCCGAAUGGGUACAUGUAUCUCUGCAACUGAACAAAAGAUCGACACCCAUAGGUCGGGUAUCCCGAGCCCGUCGAAAGGGGUUCCCACCGGGAUGGGUCGCCAGGGGUGGUCGGGCUAG